GAUUGCUAGUAAAACGGUAUUGGGUGAAGUUGUUUUUUCGCCUGCACACUCCUCUUACAGGAGAAGAGGCCUGUCUGCGCAAAAGAAAGUAGCGAAACCGCGUGUAGAAAAUGGAUAAUGGCUUUGAGGAUCUCGAGCUGCGUGAAGCACAGAGAGAGUACCUGGACUUCCUUGACGAUGAUCAAGACCAAGGAGUGUAUCAUGAGAAGGUCCGCAACAUGGUGGCAGAGGGCCAAUGCAGACUUCUCGUCAACAUAAAUGACCUGCGCCGCAGGAACGAGAAACGGGCCAAAGAGUUACUAAAGAACGCCUUCUCUGAGCUGGUGGCGUUCCAGCGUGCGCUGAAGGAUUUGGUUUCCUCAAUAGACGCCACAUUCUCUAAACAGUAUGAAGAGUUCCAUGUAGGCUUUGAAGGCAGCUUUGGCAACAAACACGUGACCCCUCGCUCCCUCAGUGCUCGUUUCCUAGGCAACCUUGUGUGUGUAGAGGGUAUUGUCACCAAGUGCUCUCUUGUCAGACCAAAGAUCAUGCGCAGUGUCCACUACUGUCCAGCCACCAAGAAGACCUUAGAGAGAAAGUACACAGACCUCACCUCAUUGGAUGCCUUCCCCUCCAGUUCCAUCUAUCCCACUAAGGAUGAAGAGAAUAACCCUCUGGAAACUGAGUUUGGCCUGUGUCGGUAUAAGGACCACCAGACACUCACCGUGCAGGAGAUGCCUGAGAAGGCCCCCGCUGGUCAGCUUCCUCGUUCGGUCGACAUCAUCGUCAAUGACGACCUGGUGGACAAAGUGAAACCUGGGGACCGUGUGCAGCUGGUGGGAGUCUACCGCUGCCUGCCGGCCAAACAGGGCGGCUUCACCUCUGGCACCUUCAGAACCAUUCUCCUGGUGAACAACAUUAAGUUGAUGAGUAAGGAGAUAGUCCCCACCUUCUCAGCAGAUGACAUUAGUAAGAUCAAAAAGUUCUGCAAAGCCCACUCUAAGGAUGUGUUUGAGCGCCUUAGCAUUUCCCUAGCCCCCAGCAUCCACGGUCAUGAGUAUAUUAAGAAAGCUAUCCUCUGCCUGUUGCUGGGAGGCAAUGAGACCAUCCUGGAAAAUGGCACUCGCAUCCGUGGAGAUAUCAAUAUCCUACUAAUAGGCGAUCCCUCAGUUGCUAAGUCACAGCUUCUGCGCUAUGUGCUGUUCACGGCACCGAGGGCGAUCCCCACAACUGGACGAGGCUCAUCCGGAGUGGGUUUGACCGCAGCAGUGACCACUGAUCAGGAGACCGGUGAGCGUCGUUUGGAGGCAGGGGCCAUGGUGCUGGCGGACAGGGGGGUUGUCUGUAUUGACGAGUUUGACAAAAUGUCUGACAUUGAUCGGACUGCCAUCCAUGAGGUGAUGGAACAAGGCCGGGUUACGAUCGCCAAGGCUGGCAUUCAGGCCAGGCUCAAUGCUCGCUGCAGUGUGCUUGCAGCGGCUAACCCUGUUUAUGGGAGGUAUGAUCAGUAUAAAACUCCCAUGGAGAAUAUUGGCCUGCAGGACUCCCUGCUCUCUCGUUUCGAUCUGCUCUUUAUCGUCUUGGACCAAAUGGACCCGGACAGCGAUCGUGAGAUCUCUGAGCAUGUGCUGCGCAUGCACCGCUACCGAACACCUGGGGAGCCAGAGGGAACAGCAAUGCCCCUUGGAAGUACAGUGGAUGUGUUUGCCACAGAUGACCCCAACAUCACAGAGUCAGCCGAACAGGAGCUGCAGAUAUAUGAAAAGAAGGACAACGUGUUGCAUGGACACCGCAAGAAACGGGAGAAGAUAGUCACCAUGGAGUUCAUCAGGAAAUACAUUCAUGUGGCCAAGCUGGUGAAGCCGGUCCUCACACAGGAGGCCUCGGACCACAUUGCAGAGGAGUACUCUAAACUCCGCAGCCAUGACCAGGUCAACCAGGAGUCUGCCCGGACAAUACCUGUGACCGCCAGAGCCCUUGAGACCAUGAUCCGAUUGGCCACAGCGCACGCCAAAGCCCGCAUGAGCAAAGCUAUUGAACUGAGCGAUGCGGAGGCUGCCCUUGAGCUUAUGCAGUUUGCCUACUUCAAGAAGGUCCUGGAGAAAGGGAAAAAACGGAAGGUUGUAGAGGAAGAAGAGGACAUGGAUGUUGAUGCAUCACAAGAGACCCAGGAGACGCUGAGCCAGAAAAGCAUGAGGAGAAGAGGACGUGCUUCUAAAGAUGACCUGGACCGCACAGACGCAGGGGAUGAGGCAGAUCCCUACAGCUUCACAGAAGAUGAACAGACCCAGCCCAGUCAGCCAUCAUCUCAGAAGACCAAGAGUUCCAUUAGUCAGGACAGACUUAAGGUGUUUAAGGCGGCACUGCUGAAAGCCUUUAAGUCUGCACGCUCUCAGUCCGUGGCUGUGUCUGACCUCCUGUCGCACGUCAACAAGGACCAGACCGACCCCUUCCAGCCGCUCGAGAUCCAGCAGCUGCUUGACCGCAUGCAGGACGACAACCAGGUCAUGGUGUCCGAGGACGUGGUCUUUCUCAUCUGAGAAUGGUCCUCCUCGGGUGGACUGGAAAACUUGAGUCCAAGAGAAAAGCACUGUGCAUUUCUGUCCCAAUAAAUCCUAUUUUGCAUA